CCUUCAAAGUUCAACGUGUCAAUUACGCGGCGAAUUGUUACUUCACCUUUCAUCCAUUAUUCUUUGUUUGUUUCUCUCAUUAAAGUAUGUGUUCGUUCUUAUCCUAAACAGCUCAUCUUUCCAUCUUCCCGUGUCAACAAAGCUCUCUUUUCCUGUGCAUGACGUACAUAUCUCAGAUUUAAACUUUCAAUUAGUUUAUUUUAAUUAUAUGUAUGUCAAUUAGUUUAUUUAAUUAUGUAUGUAUGUAUACUUUCAGUUAGAUAAAUUUGGGGACGAGGAAUGUGUCGUGUGUGUAUAGGUCUAUGUGAAAGGAUAACUACAAGAUCUUUGAUUGUGGGUGUGCAUCAAACUGUGGUAGCUAUAGAUGAUUUGGGGUUAUAAGAUUUUUGAUAUAUUUUGUGGGAUUGAAAAAAAAAUUAUGAUGGGGACAUUCAAGAUCUUUCCUUUUGGUGUAUUUGUUGAAGAAAAGGGUAAAAAUAGGAAUCAAAGUGAAAAGCCAGGUGAGGAUGAUCAGUGUCCAAUAUGUUUUGGAGACUUCACAAUUCCUUGCAGGACCAAUUGUGGACACUGGUUUUGUGCAACUUGCAUAUUGCAGCUAUGGAAUUAUAGAUCAACAGUACAACGUUGCAAAUGUCCCAUAUGCUGUCGUCCCAUCAGUAAGCUGGUUCCCGAGGAUACUUUGCUUGUGCGACAACAAGAGGAUGGUGAACUGCUUAGGGACAUUGGGCGAUACAAUCACCUAUACGUAGGUGGUGUUUAUGGUGUGUUUCUGAAAUUAGCGGCAUUGCCACUGUUAAUGCGGUCAUUCUUCAGCAAACUGAUAGAUCCUGAUCAUGUUAAGUUAAACUGCUACGUAAUGCGCCUUUUUGCUUUACUGCUGAGUUGGAUCUACAGUCGCUGCAACUUUGAGUUUAUUCCUACCGGACGUCUGGGAAUAUGGAGACUACUUGACAUCUGUGCUAUGUCAAUGGUAGCCGUUUUCUAUUUCGCAGGCCUAUUCCGUAGAUGGGCGCUUAGGCGUCAUGUGAGGCUGUUAUCUGUUUUACAAGCUCACCCUAGUUAAAAGUUCAUGCUUUGAAUAGAUUUUGCCUUUUGAUAGCCGGACAAUGAGCUUAAACCUUAUAUGGAACGACGUGUACUGUGCAUAUUCAUGUAGCUGACCCCAACUUGUUUGGGAUUGAGACUUGGUAUAGACGUCGUUGUAUAGUCGAAUGAUGAUUAGAUAUUUAGCUCGCAGAAGAUGAUGUAUAAAAAGAAUUACUCCCUAGUGUAUAGCCCAUAACAGUCAUCCUCUAAGAAGCAGAUUAUUGUAGCUUAUAUAGAUGUACCCUUUUGGGAAAGAAACAGUCUUCAGCAUAAUGAGUCCCCACUAAGUGAUAUUCUUCUUCUUGGCAUCUUUUACCGUCAAAACUCUGUUCUGCAGUCA